ACCAUGUGUUUACUGUGAACAUCAGAAAAUUUCCGAAGUCUUUCCCCGCUAACCCAAUCAUGAGCUGCCUAGGCUUGACCCGAUACGAAGUGAAAGCCUGCAAGGCAUGCCAAUUAUCCAAGAGAAAGUGCACGAAGCAGCAGCCCAAGUGCCGCCGUUGUGACCUUCGGGCCUUGGAUUGUCUCUAUGAGCCUUUACCUAACACCUUUGUCUAUCAAGCUACACAGAAUUAUGGGGGGCAAGCGUCUCCGGCGGGAGUCUCCCCGGGAGCAGAGUCGUUGCAGCCUGGACAAGGUGGCAGUUCGUUUGAGCUGGUAGACAUAGGAGUGGAUAAUCAUGUGCACCACCAAAACACUCCUGGGACUAUCUCGUUGGAAGAUUUGAAGGUGGCUUGGUUUCUUGAUCCAGAUUCUUGGAGGACAGUUCCGAUUCGAGAGUCGAAUCGGGCGCAUCUCACGACGGACAUGAUUCGGGGACUUUUAUAUCAGACAAGAGAUUGGCUGAGCGACUGGAUCCGAACCGGAAGUAACGUGUUUAUACAUCAGGAACUAUACAGAAAUAGUCUUCCCGACUGCAUUGGCGAUGCCUUCACAACACUGUCUUCAUAUUUGUCAAGAUCACCGGAGACCAAUGAGAUGGUGCUUCGGAUCGCAGAGCAGAAGGCUGAGAAGUUAUUGGAAUAUGAGGGCAGCAGAAGCACCGAAAUAAGUAUCCUAGAAAGCCUAAGCCGUGUCCAAACACUUCUGGCUUAUUGCACGAUCCGCCUGUUGGACGGUGAUCUGCGUCAACGUCACAGAGCUGAGCAGCAUCUUGAGACUUUACAAGAUUGGACGAAGGAAAUGAUGUCUGGCGCUUUUCAGGCAACAGCUAGUGGGGCUAUUAUCAUGGAGAACCAUCUCACGAACCGAGGUCCUCAAUAUUUCACAUUACCACUGCUUCUGGGCCAGUUCUCUCCUGAACAACUACUCUGGCAUUCGUGGGUAUUGUCAGAAUCUAUUCGAAGGACAUGGUGUGUAUCCAUGGGCCUUCAGUCAGGCUAUGAGCUUCUGAAAACCGAAUCUGGUCCCUGUUACGGGACCUUGCCCAUCACCACGAGAAAGGGACUUUGGGAGGCGACGUCGGCAUUUACUUGGACAAAGAUGUGUGCAGAGAGCAACAUAGGCUUUAUGUGCAGGAACGACCAUGAGAAGGCCAUGGCGGAUAUGUCUCCCAGCGAUAUUGAUGACUUUGCGCUAUCGUUUCGCCAAGCCUUAAUACAAUGGAUUCUUAAUGACCAGCAGGGUUUUGAGACGUCGCUCAAGUACGAAGACAAUGUGCCCAUUCCAUCUCAAGAUGAACUCGGCUCAAAUGAGGUUCUGGUCAAACUCCAUGCAGUCAGUCUCAACUAUCGAGACCUCGUCAUUGCCACAUCAGAUCAAUUCGGCCCCAUCACCCCACCCAUGGUCCCUCUAUGUGACGGAGCGGGCUCAGUUGAAGCUGUCGGAUCUUCUGUCAAAGACUACAAGCCUGGUGAUCGUGUCAUCACAUUCCCUGCACCGGACGUGGUGGUGGAGAGGGGAAGUGACGCAGAGGUUAACAUGUCUGAUGUACCAACCAUGCUCGGUCUAGGUACCAAAGGAACGCUUCGAACUCAUGGAGUAUUCUCGGAAGGGGCUCUUGUUCAUGCACCGGAGUCUCUUGACUGGCUCCAAGCUGCUACUCUCCCCGUCACCUGGCUCACAGCUUGGAAUGCCCUCUCAGAACUGAGCAAAGAACAGAUUGGACCACACACCUGGAUCUUGGUUCAGGGAACUGGAGGCGUCAGUGUGGCAAUGCUGCAGCUCGCAUCGUCUCUUGGGCUCACUGUCGUGGCGACUACCUCGACUCAAGAGAAAGCGGAGAAGUUGAAAAGGCUUGGUGCAACUCACGUUGUCAACUAUCGCGAAAACCCUACUGGCUGGGGCAAGGAAGCUCGAGCUUUGACACCUAAUGGAGCAGGCUUCGAUAUGAUCGUCGACAUCGGCGGUAAUGAGACCCUCAAACAGUCACUCGAAGCAGUGCGCCCUUAUGGAUCUAUCCAGAUCGUUGGUGCUGUUGCGCAAGACACCGAUGUCGUUCCUUUGAUGGGUGCUCUCAUGUUCACGUGCACUGUUCGUGGGUUUCUCAUGGGAAGCCAGAAUCAGUACAAGGGGCUUGUGCGAUACAUUGAUGAGAGGAAGCUCAAACCUGUAUAUGAUGAUACGGUCUUUGAGCUGGCAGAUGCCAAGGAGGCUUACAGAAGGCUGAAGGAGCAGAAGCACUUCGCUAAGGUCGUGAUCCGCAUCGACCAUGACUAG